UUAGUAAAACUUCACGAGACAAAGCAGUUUAUAGGACCAAGAAUGAAUAAACUCAGCGCAUGCUCGGUAGCCAGGGUCCCACACUUGUCUUGUUUAGUCCAAAUGAAUUCAGAGCUUCCAUGAGAUGGACAAAAUAUCAAUAUUUUAAAAUGAUCUUUUUGCUUUGAAGUUGGCCUUCUGCGGCAUUGAAGCUGGCAAAGGGAUCUUUUGAGCCUCGAGCCUCACCAGCUCAAAAAUCGAAGGCUUUUUCACAAAUGCCUGAAGCAUCAUCAUUGCUUGCUUUCAAAACCUGGGUAACACCAUUUUUGUGCUUUAGAAUCAUAAUUGCUUGCUUAAAAAAAUUGGAUUUCUAUCUUUGUGCUCAGAGUUCACUGCAAGCUAGAAAAAGCAACCAUUCCACCUUGGACUGUUAAGGUACUUGAGACGCUGGGCAGGAAGGAUACGCCGAGCUUCUGCGGGUAGAAUCAUGAGGUGCUUUGGCUGUUGCACUGCAGAUGACAUUCAGAAAUCUGCUGAUGCAGGAAGUCCCUUCUUGUCAAGUGGUGAUAUGGCAGGUAAUAAUGGAGCUGGCAAGACUACUGAUCCAACUAGUAAGGAUGAAUUAGUCCUCCAGCCUCUACCUAUUGGAGUACCUGAGAUCCCUGUAGAGGAAUUGAAGGAAGCAACAGACAACUUUGGUCCAAAAUCAUUGAUUGGAGAGGGUUCAUAUGGUCGAGUGUACUAUUCAACCUUAAAAAGUGGCCGCCCUGCAGCCAUUAAGAAGCUUGAUGCCAGCAAGCAAUCAGAUCAAGAAUUUCUUGCACAGGUGUCUAUGGUUUCGAGGUUAAAACAUGAAAAUGUGUUGGAAUUAGUUGGAUAUUGUGUUGAUGGCAGCCUUCGUGCACUUGCAUAUGAGUUUGCUACAAUGGGAUCAUUGCAUGACAUUCUUCAUGGUAGGAAAGGUGUUAAAGGAGCACAACCAGGUCCAGUACUCACUUGGAUGCAAAGGGUAAAAAUUGCUAUUGAAGCUGCUAAAGGGCUCGAAUACCUCCAUGAAAAGGCUCAACCACCCAUUAUUCAUCGUGACAUCAAAUCAAGUAACAUUUUACUUUUUGAUGAUUGCACAGCUAAGAUUGCUGAUUUUGAUUUAUCAAACCAAGCACCUGACAUGGCUGCACGACUCCAUUCCACCCGUGUGCUUGGAACAUUUGGCUAUCAUGCUCCAGAAUAUGCUAUGACAGGACAACUAAGUCAAAAGAGUGAUGUUUAUAGCUUUGGAGUUGUUCUACUGGAGUUGUUAACUGGCAGAAAGCCAGUUGACCACACAAUGCCACGUGGCCAGCAAAGCCUUGUGACAUGGGCAACACCUAGACUUAGUGAAGACAAAGUUAAGCAAUGUGUUGAUUCCAAAUUAAAAUCUGAUUAUCCACCUAAAGCAGUGGCUAAGAUGGCUGCAGUUGCCGCUUUAUGUGUGCAGUAUGAAGCUGAUUUCCGUCCCAACAUGAGCAUCGUUGUGAAAGCCCUUCAACCUCUAUUGAACGUUAAAUCAGUUCCUAACAACGGAAGUCCAGCAUUGUAACAUCUGUAUAGUCAAAUUUGUAUUAUUCUUUACAGCGUCUACUAUGCAUAUGCUGCAAACAUUUUGGUCAUGUUUGGAGAGAAGAUACGUUUUAAGUCAAUAUAUUGUAGAUCACUUCCUGGAAUUCAAUAUGUAGUAACAGAUACCAUGCCUCAUAUAAUACAGGAGACUUGAAAUUUUUUGAACUUAUAUACAUAUAUUCCGAAUUAUUCAUUAGAAUUGGGAAA